AUGGACCUUUCUGAGUCUCGAUAUUUACGAUUCCAUGACGAUUCUUCUGCCACAAUGCAUCGUUUCUUAGAUCAAGUCCCACCAGGCUCCCUGCCCUCCGAAACAGAGCAGCAGAGUUCUCUUCCCAUUAUUUUUGGGAUGAUUGUUCUGUUCUUGUUUGUAUGCGUCGCGGCGAAUAUGAGCUGUCGCUGCGGCCAUUCUCGAUCCAACGAGACCUCAGAUGAUCCUUCUGCUUUGGCUUCACCCGAUCCCAAACGUCGCGAAGCAAUAGAAGCGAAUUUGUUUUCCGGCAAAGUAGAUGCCACCUUGCAGGCAGGAUCAAACACUUCGUCGGCCAUUGUAUUUCAGCCACGACAGCCCGCCAAGGACGAAGAAUGUUCAAUAUGCUGCAACCAUUUCUUUUCAGACGAAGCUUUCUGCAUUGUCAAAUCGUGCAAUCAUUUGUUCCACAAGGCUUGCAUCGAACAAUGGAUCUUCGAUCAACGAAAAGAUUUUUGUCCAGUGUGUCGACGGGAGGUGAGUGGUGGCGGUGAUGGUUGCAAAGAAAUAGAAAUGGUCUCAAGUCAGGAGAAUAAUCAGCCCAGCACAUGA